AAAAUGAGCCUAUGGUUUUAUUUUAGUUUUUUUUAUUAAGCAAUAUUUGUUUAGUAGAGGAAAAUUACAGUGUAUUUUUUAAUUUUUACACAGACAGUUGAUAAUGUUUCGGUUCCAGGAAAAAUCUGUCCAAGAGGAUGAAGCUAAUCUCUUUAAUCCUGCUAUAUUGGACAGAUUACCAAUAUCACCCGUAGCUGAAUUACUCAUAAGACCAUUAAGAAACACAGAUUAUGAGAAAGGUUUUCUAGUUCUUCUGUCUCAAUUGACUGAUGUUGGAAAUGUCACUAAGGAGCAGUUUUUAAAUAGAUUUUACAGCAUGAAAACAGCAGGUGGUUACUAUGUCAUUGUUAUUGAAGACAUCAAUUCUGGAAAAGUAAUUGCAUGUGCAACAUUAGUAGUGGAGCAGAAGUUCAUUCAUAAUUGCAGUGUGCGUGGACGACUGGAGGAUGUAGUAGUUAACAACAAUUACAGGGGCAAAUCGUUGGGAAAAUUAGUAGUGACAAUUGUCGUACACUUGGCACGUUAUUUCCACUGUUACAAGUUGUCUUUGGAUUGCGUAGACCGUCUGGUGCCAUUCUACGAAAAUAUAGGAUUCAAACGGGAAACCAACAACGCAAAUUAUCUCAACAUGCGUUUUCACAAUGAUAACGCUACCGAACAAUCUCACUUGUAGUAACGGGUUAAAAUAUUUCGUUACGCUCUUGUUAACGAUCUUCCAACGAUGAAAAUCAGAAUCUUGUUAAGUACAAGCAAACACAUGAAAUGGGAGGAGAAAUAAAAAUCUAAUAUUACCUGCGAGUUUUCUGAAAAUUGACAUUAAAUAGGCUGUGUUGCUUUUCUGAAACAGAACAAUACAAUAUUUUCCAUAAAAGGUAUCUCAGUCCCUUAAAAUCGAUUUAAGAGAAAAACGAUGUAUAGAUUUUAACUUACUCUGAGAAAACUGUUUUGAAAGACUAACAUAUACCUACAUAAAUUAUAUAAAAUAUAUCGAAUGUAUGUGUAUGAGUCUGUUCGGGCGUAUGUGUAUGUUUGUGCGUUUUAUCUUAACUUUAAAAAAAAUUAAAUUCUAUAUAAAAAAUAUACUAUCACACCUCUCACUUAUAUAUAUCUCCUAGAUUGUAGGAUGUAAAAAUAGUAACUGUUAAAUAAAAUAAUUUUACAUAACAUA